AUCUCCUAAGAUGUUUGGAAGCAGUGAUUACACCAAAACCCAAAUCGGAAUGUCGAAGCCAGUAUACUAUGAGAGAGACGGAUUUGGCAGAGAUUCUUACAUUUCUAUCAAUAAUGGAGGUCUUAACCGUCCAAUGGAGAAUGGCAUCUAUAAUUUCGGCUCAUUCAGCUCAAAACAUACACAAUCAAUGUAUGCACCAAGAAUUGAAUGCAAAAGAGUCAGAUAUAAAUCUAAUGGACUUGGAAGAGACAGCUAUAUAUCUGUAAAUAAUGGAGGGUUAGCUUCAAAUGGUCAUAUGAGAGACACCUACACAAACGGCUUCCUUGGCUCACUUAGACAACCAAGUUUUCCCACUACUCCCAAAAUUAGAAGCAAAAGUAAAUGAAAAACCAUCAGGGAAAGGAAAGAUUUCUAUAUUAGUAUGCAAAGCUUCUCAAAUUGGAAGCAAAAGAAGGCUUCUUCUCUCUUCAGAAGGUACCAACAAACAAGAGAUGAGACUCUCUCAAAGCCCAAAAGGAAGGCCAAGAAGUACUGCACCUUCAGACUUCAUGGAAAGUUAGUCAAAGCAUGCAUGAACAAGACAGAGAGGAAUUUUCUAGACAGACUUCAAAAAUAA